AUGCGAGAAUUACACUCUUACAGCUCUCGUGAAUACGCUAACAUGUUAAUGUGUUACGGUGAAGCGCGUGGAAAUGCUUCACAUGCUUUAAGAAUAUAUCGCGAGAGGUUCCCGGACGUCCAACAUCCUAGUGAUUCACGUCAAAUUUCGACAGCGUUUCAAAGAGUCCUUGAGAAUAAACCAAUUGUACCUACCUCUAUUGGAGGGGGACGGCAACUCGAUUUGAGAAUAGAGGAGCGAGUUCUAAAGGCUGCAAGGAAUAACCCUGAUCUAGGUAUCAGAGGACUGGUACGGCUUUUGCAACGUCGCGGGGCCAACACUGUUUCCACCUGUACUGUAAGCAAAAUUUUGCGUCGCAAUAAAAUUAAACCCAACAAUGAUCAAAACGACAAAGUAUUGGCGUCCAGAAAUAUUGCUCACCGUCGUGAAUUCUGUAAAUGGCUGGUAGCUAAAACGGAAAACGUACCAGAUUUUGUCCAUCAUGUUAUCUGGACGGAUGAGGCCACAUUUACCAGUAAUGGCAUGAUGAAGUCUCAUGCUUAUCAGGAAACAGAAACCCAACCUUGUUGGACAGUGAAUGUCUGGGCAGGUGUAUACGGGAACAGAAUACUGGGACCAGUAUUUUUACCACAAAUUAUGGAUGGGGAGGAUUAUCUGCAGUUUAUUAAUUCUUUUUUAACUGAUGAAUUAGAUAACUUACCUUUAACAGCUAUACAGCGGUUGUGGUUUCAACACAACGAUGCUCCAUCCCAUACCGUAAAACCAGUGUGUGAUAGAUUGGCAGCUCUGUUCAAAGACCAUUUAAUUGGACAUUAUGGGCCACAGGCCUGGCCACCAAAUUCUCCAGAUUUAGCCCCACUUGAUUUUAUGUUGUGGGGUUACAUUAAAGACCGUGUGUACAAUAGGCCGUGUGGUAGUGCGCUGGAGAUGCGCUGCAGGAUCUCUGAGGCAGUAGAAAAACUGAGGUCAGACUGUCAAAAAGAUGUAACCCUGAUGCCUUGUCUACAAGAAAAGAUGAUACGACGUGCAAGAGUCUUGCUAACAGGAUGCAGAUGUGUAGAACUAGACUGCUGGGAUGGAGAUGAUGGGAAUCCAGUCAUUUACCACGGCCACACGUUCACCACAAAAAUACCCUUUCGGAGGGUAGUUGAGACAAUAGCCAGAAGUGCCUUCGUAACGUCUCCCUAUCCAUUAGUACUGAGUAUUGAAAACCACUGCAGUCUCCCACAACAGCAGGUUAUGGCUAGCACAUUUGAGGCAGUGUUUGGAGACCAAUUGGUGACGUCAUUCUUAUUCGACGUGGAUUACACGGAUGAGCCAAGGCUGCCAAGUCCAGAACAGCUUAAGUACAAGGUCUUAAUAAAGAACAAAAAACUACUUCCAAUAGAGUCCAGUCCCACGAUUGGGCUAACGGGAGCCACGUCAGUCCACGGUGGUGUACUCUCAUCUACUUAUAGGGCAAAUGGCCUACGUCAAACCAGUUCAUCGUUGCCUGAAGCGAGCAACCGCAGCAGUUCCAUCAUGUCCAAUCAGUCCGCUGGUUCUUCACUCACCGAAUAUCUGUCAGAUGAAGAUUAUGAUGAAGAUGAUGAGUUCGAAGAAAAAGAACUCAACAAAAUUCUCAAUUCCAUGGAGGAAAAGGCCGGCCGGUCCCUUUCGCUCUAUCAAAGUUUCCGUAGGAGUGAGGGAGACGGCGAUACAUCCGGCAGUCUAAAGCACGCAGCCAAUAGAAAGAGGAGCAACCAAAUUGCGCGGGAGUUGAGCGAUAUGGUCACUUACGUACAGGCUAUAAAAUUUCGCGGCCUCAGUCCCAUGUCUCCACGCAGCUCGAUGAAGCAGCCAAACGUCAGAGACACAAACGUGGCGCCUUGCAGUAGCUUCGAGUCUUCAGAGAGCAGCGACAGUACAGCAACGCAAUUACUAAGCAAUCAGCAUAGAGGGCGCUGCUUGAAUGUACCAGCUAUGCACCACCCUUGCUACCGUUGCUCCUCAGUCAACGAAGCGAUCGCGAAGAAGAUCUGCAGAAAGCAUCCGUUAGCGAUAAUAGCACAUACUGAGAGCCAACUUGUUAGAACAUAUCCCGCCGGCCUAAGAAUUGACUCGUCAAAUUUCGACCCAGUUUUGUUCUGGUCUUGCGGCGUUCAGCUAGUGGCUCUGAACUACCAGACAGAGGACGCAGCGAUGGCAGUCAACGCGGCUAUGUUCGAGAGCAAUGGCUGUCUUGGCUAUGUCAGGAAACCGAAGGUUAUGUGGGACCCCAACCACAUUGCGUAUAGACGGUUCAAUCCGAUGGACAAAGAAUUCGACGGCAUCCACGCAGCCUACCUCACUCUUGCCGUCAUCUCAGGGCAGUACGUGGCGGAGAACGUGUACUCUUUCUACAACGCGUUUGUUGAAGUGGAAGUGUUAGGAGUUCCAGCAGACUGCAAGAAGAUCAAGACGAAGGUCGCGAGGAAGAACGCUCUGAACCCCAUUUGGAACGAAACUUUUACGUUUAAGGUUAAUUUUCCCGAGCUGGCACUUAUUCGGUUCGAAGUAUAUGACGCGGAUACGAACUACAUGUUGUCGCAGAGAGUUAUCCCCUUGCUGUGCUUAAGACCUGGUUAUCGUCAUGUCAGACUGAGGUCACCUACAAACCAAGCGUUGAACAUGGCGUCUCUCCUCAUUUUCUCGCGGUGUGCAGAAGAGGUGGCUGGUGAGCCGUGCCGAGCGGACAUCGAACCUACGUCCCCAACACAGAGGAGAAAAAUCCACUUCAUAGUGGUACAUGCCGUGCUGUUAAGCGAGCCAUACUCUAUUCUGAAGGUCACCCAUGAUACUACUGCUAAUGAGGCAAUAGCCCAGUGCCUGACGAAAGCUGGUGUCUGCCGUUCAGCGAGAGGGAAUUACGUCUUGGUUGAGGAAGUGCCAUCUCGAGCCCCAACGCAAAGGGUUCUAGCGCCCCACGAGAGAGUGCUGAAGGCUGCCACAUCUAGACCUGGAGCCAGAUUGGUUUUGAAAAGAGUCGGUGAUGAUCCUAGCAGCCGGGCUUGGCUAACAAGUAUAAGGUCCACUUCCGACAAGAUUCAGUCAGUUCCGUCUGAUGAAGAAUCUCAAGAGGAACCGAGCAAACCAGCUGAUAGCUUCUUGGUUUGCGUUCACAAUGUCUGCCACGAAAUACCAUAUGCAAUUCUAAAAGUACCUCUGACUGCCACAGCGUCAUACGUUAUAUAUCAAGCAUUGACGAAAGCCAGAUGUUCUGAUGAUCCUAAAAGAUUUAUGUUAGUCGAAGAAUUGGAGUGGGGAGGUCGGGCUAAUUCGGGACCGCAGCAUCGAGCCUUAGCUGACGACGAAAUUGUAUACACUGCUCAGGCGAAUUGGAAAACGUUGGGUAGAUUCGUCUUACAAGAGAGAGGCAGUACAGCACCAUUGCAGAUGCCGCGCCACAGAGCCUGCAUAGCGAGGAUUCAGAGAGGACUCAGCAUGACCAGAGGGGCUAUAGCUGGUACAACAGGAUUCCCACUAGUGGGCACUAUGACGUCACACGAGACGAUAGAAAAAACCCCAGUCCAGACGGCGUAUAGCGAUCCAACACAUUGCAGACGAGUAUCGAAUGCACUUGCCAAGGGCCUGGGACGAUCAAAAGGCCAUUCAGAUCGUGAUAUACGCUUCUUGCAGAGGAGAUCAGGAUCUAGAGAGGUACAGUCAGAAGGCGAAACAGGCGGUUCCCUUGGUACAGAGGCGCUCGCAGCACAAGUGGCCAGGUUCAAGAGAGUCUUUCGCCGGCUUGGCUCAAGUCUGGCACACCAUCGUGCAUCUCUGUCUUCAGAUUUGGGUUCACUAUGGGAUUUCUUCAGAAUCGAUAAGGAAAGACGUCGCUCCACACAAACAUACGAGCCAAUUGACUCCAGAUCCCCUGUUAAACUUGCCAGAGAUCUCCUUCAGGUCGUCCAAGAAACGGUAUUUAGCAAGAAGUUUGAAGAGAAACGAUGCCCUUUGGUUAAAGAAGAAUCAGAUUUAAGCUCCGACGAAGAAGAAGGUGCGGAUAGGAGAGUUGCUAAUCUAAUAGACUUUUUCUUUACUAUAGUUAAGAGCCAGAAAGAUGAGAGAAAAGGCAGCGGCAGUUGUUUCAAAACAGAAGCCAGUAAAGAAGAGAUAUACGUCCCGGCGAAAGUUAAUACUGAGUUGGAGCAAAAGAUGGAAACGUUAAUAGAAUUUUUAGCCUCAACCGGUGUUGAGGAGAACAACGAGAAGAAAAUAACACUAAUGGAAUUUUUAUUCGGACCAGACGACAAAUGGGAGAAACCAAUAAUAGAAAUCAACAUGAAAGGAAUGAGUUUGUCAGAGUCCGAUAUAAACGUUAAGAACUUAUCUUAUAUAGAUGAGACCCCGGUUGAAGAGAACGAAACGCUUGUUGAAAUGCUGCUUAAAUAUAUGGAGAACUACAGUAUUAAAGAAAAAUCACUUACCCCUUCCUUAUCCGAAAAAUCCAAAUCCGAUAUGACGAUAAGCAAGUGUGAAAACAGCGACUUGAGUAAGACUAAGUCAGAUUCUACUCUGCUAACACAAGACACUGUGAUAGAGAGGGGGGAUAGAUCGAGGAGAAUCUCCGAAACGGUUGUCGACAUGAGUCAUGUCAAAACUGACCUGGAAGACAUCUUCGAAGAAGCUGUUCUACGGGUUUGUGAGUUGCAAAUGAUGGCCGAUGACACCAUGAGCGAACAAGAAGAUUUGGACAACUUUAAUACGUAUACUAAACCACCACAAUACAGUUUACCGUACAGCAUAGAGCUUUCCGAUAUUUUGGAAGAAGAUGAAUCAGCCUUUGACAGGUUGUCUCUAGAUAGAUUGCAAGCUAAGGAAUGCGCAGAGGAUCUCAUGAAAUUCAUAGAUGACAAAGUGCAAAAACACUUCGAGAGUAGUUCAGGCCCCUCCACCGAGGACUUCAGUCGUGAAUUCGAUUUGAGUCCCAGUUUAAAAUCACAAAGCCUGGUCGAUUUAAGAAAUAUACCAGAUCUACCGCCGAGUUUGAUCAUAAAGCCAAAAGUAGUGAGGGUGGAUAAAUCAACAUCGACAGCCGACAUCUACGAUUCGCUCCUAGAGAGAAGAACGGACUCUUUUUGUAUGACUGAUGAAGCUAAAAGCGAAAGAAGCGAACGGGCGUUGGAUAAAUUGGAAUCCCUACAUAAGUUCUUUUCUCGUUCUCGUUUAGAAAUAAUUGACGAGAGCUUGGAAGAUAACGAUAGGAAGAGCCCAAAAUUAAAGAACGGCGAACGUAAAGGCCAAUCUAGUCUGGAUGACGUUGAAGACUUGAUGGAUGAUAACGACAGAGCGGAAGUAAUUGAAAGACUAGAAAGAGUCGGUGUGAAUGCGGAAAAGAAAAAUGAUGGAAAUGAAGAGAAAAGUUAA